AGAGUCGAGUGGCUCUCUGUUGGACAUCACACAGCCACAGCUCAUCCACCAAGCGACAAUCCCCCUCAGAAAAACACCACAAGCCCAACGCAAUCAAAAUGUUCAAACUCGUUGCUGUCUGCUUCUUCGCUCUUGUGGCCGUGGCUGCUGCCAAGCCUGGCAUCCUGGCUGCCGCUCCUCUGGCCUACACCGCUCCGGCUGUGGUGGGAAGCGCCGCCUAUGUGGCACCUUAUGCUUCCAGUUUCACCGCCCACUCGGUUGCCCAUAGCGCCGCCUUUCCUGCUGCGUACACUGCUGCCUACACCGCUCCGUUUGCCUCCCCCUAUGCCGCCGCCUACACUGCUCCGUUUGCCUCCCCCUAUGCCGCCGCCUACACCUCUCCAUUGGCCUACAGCUCACCCUAUGUGGCCCGUCCAUACGCUGCUCCCCUUCUGCUGAAGAAGUAAGCCCGAGUGAUCCAUUCCUCACUCUUGCGAGAUAGUGCACUAUGAUCGUAUUUCUCAUGGUUUGGCAUUGAUUUUCCUCUCAUCCCUGCACUUAGUGAUUUUUUUAAAAAGUGAUUUUAGUGAUUUUUGUUCUUUUUUUUUUUGAAGUAAACGUAUAAGAACU